UCGCAUCCCUCACCGCAUCACCACUUCUUCUCGUUACCUGGCUAAAUCCGCAAUCAUGUGCCUUUUGACUGAUGAAUCAUUCGUCAUGACAAAUGAUCUCUUCCGCCGCCAGCAACGUGUUCUUACCUACACCGGUGCGAUGUUUCACCCUCUAGUGGGCGAAAAUGGUCAUCGCCAUAUGCAAAUUUUUGCUGAGAAGCCCAUCCUGUCGAUCAACACCCUGGGUCCCUAUGCUUUUGCCUUCCUCGAUUAUGUGGAUCCAAUCUCCCUCAUUGAUAGUCUUGGGUGGCUCGAAAUGAGAGAUUCUCCACCUCGCGUCUGCUGCCCAGCAACAGGUCGGGAGUUCUACUCUAAUCUUUGCACAGAUGGCCUGGAGACAGGGAAGUUUACCACCUUGGUGUUUGGUAAUCUUCUUACUCUCACUGUCGAGGAUAUUGUUGCCUUCCUUGUUCUUCCCUAUCUCAGCAAGAAGCUUAUGAGUUCUCUGCAAUUCUGGUCGUACAAGUUUGAUUUGCACCAGGCUGCCAUGAAUCGUCCUCUUGCAGAGUUGGACGAUUCUCUCAAACUUCUUCAUUAUUACAUCACUAGGGUGUAUUUUCCACGGACAGAUUCCCUGAAUAUCGUCCUCCCUCAUGAUUGCUGGAUUAUGUUGCAUGUUGUCUCCUACAUGUCUCUCAGUUAUCCUCAUCUGUUGUUUGGAGCGAUCAUAGAUGUUGCUGCCAACGAGUCUCCUGCGGCUGAUCUACCUUUUGCUGGCUUGGUUACUCAGCUGCUUCAUCGUGUGGGUGUUCCUCUCACUGACUUUGUCUUUGCCACUACUGACUUUGUCAGUCCCACUCUUGAUGAUGUUCUCGGGGCUGUCGGGCUCCCCCUCAUUGAUUUAACAUCAGAGGGGAGAAGAUGCAGUGGACGCACCUAAUGGAUUUAAUGGAGAGGGAACUGCUGAAGGAGGCGCGUCCGCGGAAAUUGCUGCAUCUGAUUCCACCUCCAUUCGCCCAUUCAAGCUUAAACAUCGGGCCAAAGGACCUCGUCCUUCUAAGAAAGUGCUUAAGCGUCUCAAAGAACAGAAUGCAUCCAAGGGAGUGGUUAUGUAUGAAAAUCAGGAUCUUGAUCAAAACAAUUAAGAGAAAUAGUUUAAGGGGAGUUUGGAUUAAGACUCUUAGGGGGAGUAUUUGGAAAUUGUUUCGGCUUGUUUUUUUUUCCGAGUUUGUCAAAUUAACUGCGAAUGGUCUCAAUAAUGCCCUAAGCUAGGCUUAGGAUGAAUGAAACUUUUAAAACCCUGAGCUAUACUCAGGAUGAAUAUCGUGGUCUAUAUUAUUUGAAGUUUCUAUUUAUUAGUUGGAUGAGUAUUGAGAUCUGUGAUCGCUAUAUGGAAAAGCAUAUGCUGCAAUAGGAUGCUAAAUCAAGCUUAGGGGGAGAUUGUUGAGUCAAAAAGCUUGACUUAGCAAUUUUAUGUUGUCUUGAAAUUGUGCUUUUAUGUUAGACUAACAUUUCUUGCUGGAAUAUCACAAUCAAGGUCUUGAAAAGAUUUGCUAAGAAAAGGAAAGAAUUCAAAGCAAUUGCUUGGCCUUCAAGAAGCUACCAUAUCAAGUGAAGAGCAUAUCAAAUCAAGUAGAUACUUGCCAUAUAAAGUUCCCUUUUCCCUUGUAAUAGCAAAAUUGUGUGAUCAUAUUUCGUGGUGUGAAUAGCUUGAUAUCUCGGGGGUUAAGAUAUUCAAGCUAGGUUGGGUUUUAGGGUAGAAAGGGUAUUUGUAAUUGGGACUAGUGCAAGAGCAAGAGGGGAUUCUUGCUUGGGAGUUGCACUAGGUGGAUUACUCUUCAAUCAAGUCAAACUAAGAGUGUUGGCUUGAUUGAUUGAGUGGGUAGCUUAGCUCGGAUUUAGCUAAGGGUUGAAUAGGUGUGGAGUUCCACCUAUUUGGUUCUUGACAUGAAGUGUCAAGGUUGUUUCAAUUCCAUAGGUUAGAGUGUCUUUUAUUUUAAUAAAAGUUAGAAUCUCUCGUGAGAUAGUGGUAACUAUCUCCAGGACGUGGAUGUAAAGCCAUAUUGGCCGAACCAUAUUAAAAUCGCGUGUCCCGACUCAUCUCUCUCUAUAUCUUCUCUAACUUUUUCUCUUCAUCAGUGCCAACAAAUUAAUCACUUCAAGAGAGAUUCUUGGAAAGUCCUUUUGGAUUGCUUAAUCAAGCUAGUGCUAAUCUCUCUCUAUUGAAAUCAGAAUUAAUUUGUGCACUGACCACGCCAAAAGUAUUCAUUAUUGACCUCGCUUGAUCCAACAUAAUGGAGUUAAUCAUCGUUGAAGAAUAGCCUCAGGCCGAAUACAUAAUCUGUUGCCUUCAAUAUCCAAGGAAAAUGGUCUGUCGAAAAUAAAUCGGCCAAAGAAUUACGAAAAUGUCACCCCAAAAUAAAUUGGCCCAAUUUUGUGCUUAAUAAACUUAAUCAUCGGUGGAUAAUAGGAUCAAUUGACACCACUAUCGGUAGAGAACAGCCUCGGACUGAAUGCGUGAUAUGCAGCCACCAAAAUUGAAAGAAAAUGGCAAUUCUAAGAAAUCGUUCGAAAUCUGUGAUGGUUCCCCUUUUGUAUCUUCCAAAAAUGGACCCUGAAGAAAUUCGCCCAAAUCAUGCUAAAUGGACUUAAUCUUUUUUUAAGAUUAGCCUCAGGUCCAAUCCGUAAUCUAUAGCCUUCAAUAUCCAAGGAAAAUGACCUUUCAAAACAAAAUUGCCAAAAGAAUUAAGAAAAUGUCAUUCCAAAAUAAUUGGCCCAAUUUUGUGCUUAAUGGACAUAAUCAUCGGUGGAUAAUAGGAUCAAUAGACUUCACUAUCGCUAGAGAAGAUCCUCGACCUGAAUACCUUAUCAAUAGCCUCCAAAAUGAAAGAAAAUGGCAUUU